UUGUAAUUUCUUGUACUAAAGAGGGCACUUAUAUUUUCAGUAGAAAAGAUGUUGUGUUUUCUGUUCCCUGAGAUUAGAUGUAUUUUUUUUAUUUCUCAUAUUUUUGCUGGAGUUUAGUACUAUUCGCCCCAGAAACAAUUGUAUUUUGAUACUUUUUUUUAAAUUUUUUGUUUUUCUGAGGGAUGUUGGACAUUUUGGAUACAUUGGAUAGUUAUGAGGAAGUUAUUACGAAGACAAGUCCUAGUUUACACGAUUAUUUUGCGGGAAGAGACAGCAGGUUGGCGGGUGCAUUGGGUGUUAUACAUUUUAAUAUUCGGAGUCUGAGGAAGCAUUUUGAUGAAUUGCUCGUAUACUUGGAGAGAAACUUGAAUAAUUUGGAUGUCAUAGUCCUGUCGGAAACAUGGAAUCUUGAUUCGAGGUGGAAAGAUGGAGCGAGAUUUUAUCGUGUAAAGAGACACAGAGAGGUUAUAGUGUCUUUGUUGAUGUGUUGGGGAAACAUAUCGCUGAGUCAACUGAAACAAUGCUACGCAAGAAAGGUAGAAACAAGCUGAAGCCGUGGAUAACAGAGGGGUUGGUGAAGUCGAUUCAUACCAGGGAUCAGAUGAAGAGGAAAUUUCUGAGGUCUCCUACACCUGAACUCGAACUGGAGUU